CCUCUCUCCUCUCCUCUCCUCUCUCCUCUCCUCACUCCUCUCUCCUCUCCUCUCCUCUCUUCACUCCUCUCUUCACUCCACCGCUCAGCAGCACAGCGUUUCUAAAUUCUCGAAUAUUUUGUGCCAUAUUAGGUUUUAUGCAUUUUAUUUUAAAAGGCUCAUUAUUUCAGUACACACAUUGUAAAGAACAUCUGGAGCGGUUUAAUCUGGGACUACAGAAGAGAGAAAUGUUCCGGCUGCAGUGUUCCUGUGUUCUGCUGCUCUGGAUGGCAGACUGCGUUAGCGGGAGACAUCCGAGCUGCCGCUUCUGGUUUGAGCUGCAGUCAGCAGAGAGAGAAUGUCUGUCCACGCUGGAGACAAGUCUGGAGUCUGGAGGCUGCCCAGGCAUGUGGGACAACUUUUCCUGUUGGGACCAUGCAGAAGUUGGUGAAGUGGUCACCAAUCCCUGUCCAGAGGCUCUGAAAAACCUCUUUGGCCAAGACGGGAACAUCAGCAGAAACUGUACAACUAAAGGCUGGUCAGACUCCUACCCCAGCAUCAACACUGUCUGUUUUUCUGAAUCCAAACCCAACGAGCAGGUGUUUUACAUGGUGGUGAAGACGCUGUACACACUGGGACACAGUCUGUCUCUCAUCGCUCUCCUCACUGGCAGUGCCAUCCUGUGUCUUUUCAGGAAGCUUCACUGCACCAGGAACUACAUCCAUCUGAAUCUGUUCAUCUCCUUCAUCCUGAGAUCCGUAGCCGUGUUGACUAAGGACGCCAUUUUAUUUUCUCCCAGUGAAAACACAGAAUGUGACAAACAGCCCUCACUGAUCGGGUGUAAAGCCAGUCUGGUCAGUUUUCACUAUUUCAUUAUGGCUAAUUUCUUCUGGCUGCUGGUGGAGGGUCUGUACCUUCACACUCUGCUGAUGGUGAUCUUCUCCAAGAAUCACCACUUUCUCGUCUAUCUCUUUAUUGGAUGGGGAUUUCCGACAGUGUUCGUGACAGCGUGGGUAAUUUGUAGAAUUUAUCUAGAGGACACAGGAUGCUGGGAAAGAAAUGAAGCCACGAUUCCUUGGAGGGUGAUCGACUGGCCAGUCAUGGCCUCUGUUAUAAUCAACUUCAUUCUUUUCAUCAGCAUCAUUCAGAUUCUGGUUCAGAAGCUGCGUUGCCCAGAUGUAGGGGGAAACGACCAGAGUCAGUACAGGAGGCUGGCAAAGUCAACACUGUUGCUGAUUCCACUCUUUGGGGUUAAUUAUGUGGUGUUUGUGUACAUGAGAGAAGAGAGUCAAAAUGACGUAUUCAAAGACUAUAAAAUAUUCUUUGACCUUGGUCUUGGCUCUUUCCAGGGACUGGUUGUUGCCAUUUUAUAUUGCUUUCUCAACAGUGAGGUCCAGUGUGAGCUAAAGAGGAAGUGGAGGAGUGUGUGUCUGAAGCGUUACAUUGGCCGAGACUACCGGCUGCACAGUUCGUCCAUCUCUAGAAACGGCACAGACAACGUGGCACUUUUUCUUCGUAACUCUAGAGCUCAGUCCUUCCUACAGACCACUGAAACCACUGUACACACACACACAGUAGAGGGAGAGCCAUUUGUUAAGCAGUCCAAAAUCAGAGAAAACUUUUCUAUGUUGUUCCGCUAAUCUACUGAAGUGUUCUUCUUUGCAUGUCCAUCAUGAUAAAUAUUUAAUAUUAGCAGUUUAAAACUGUUUUUUUCACUAGGGUUAGGGUUAGACUAGUAAACUUCAGCUCCACCCAAGCUGACUGCAGAUACACAGCAAACUAUUGCUGGUCUUCAUUAACACCACUGCGCCCUUCAUGAUCAUUGUUCUUUCUCUUUGGUUCUCUGAGAAGCUAUAGUCAAUAACACCUGCUGAAAUGAGACUCCUGACUGAGGGCGAGUUGCUUUUUUGGUGGGGAUGUACGUGCUUGACUGGACAAAGACAUUGUCAAGUCUCUCUGCUGAAUAUUGACACCGGCUAGGGCCACAUGGCCAUCCAGCACCACCAUCAACAUCUCUCAAAGCUUGAAUGACCACACCAUGCGAGAAGCUGAAGGACACGACCAAAGAAAAAUUUGUUAAAUUUUAUGGAUGAGAGCAGUCUAGCACAGAGCGGACACACCAAAAGUGAUCAAGCACAAAGAUGUCAGACACAGACAAAUAGGGCCUGGAGAAUUCCAACACUUGAGCUUGGGCCUGUUAGAGCUGCAACCAGCAAACAAACUCCAGUAACCAUCAAAAUGAAAACAACCUAAAGAUAGACAAAAAUAGACAUGAAUAAAGAAGUGGCAGCACAGUUUACUCCCCAGGUUGACUGCAGAAACUGAGACAAUUUGAGGUGCUGUUCAUUUAGAGAUGAUUAUUAUAAACACUGUUAGGAGCCUUUUGAAUUAAUAAAUAAUUGUACCAGUUGAAUGAAUAAAUGGUGUCAGAGAAAUGUUACAAAAAAACUGUUUGUCUUUUUUGUUGUCAGCACAGUUUUUACUGUAAAACACCUUGAGCUAUAGGGUGGCAUGGUGGUAGAGUGGUGCUGGAAGAUGAAAUUUUUCAACAUCUUCAGCUGUCUAAUAGAGGCCUGCAUGUUUUGUGCCAAAAUAGAUUGGUAUUUGGAGCUCUCCAUGAUUCCCACUAACUUGUCUAUAACCCCAGCCCCAAAUGAAGAGAAGCAGCCCCAUAUUAUGAUGCUGCCACAACCAUGCUUCAUCAUGGCUAUGGUGUUCUUUGGAAAUGGUUUGGGUGAUUUAGACAGGUUUGGGUUUUUUUCAUGAGAAAUAGCUUCUGUUUAACCAACCUACCCCAUAGCCCAGAUAUGUGAAUAAUAUUAGAUAUUGUUGUGACAUGAAGAGAGUGACCAGUACUUGGCAGAUAUUCCUGCAGCUCCUUGUUGCCAUAGGUCUCUUGGCGGCCUCCCUAAUAAGUUUUCGUCUUGUCCUUUUGUCAAUUUUGGAGAGAUGUGGGCUUGUUCUCCCUAAACCAUUUCUAUUUGUUUUUCAUUUUAAUGUUGUU